UUUGAGGGAGGACCUCUUGCAUCUCCUUCCAUCAUCAACAACUCCCCUUUCUCAACGCCCUAAAACAAAUCAAAGCAAGAAAAAACACCCUUUUUUUCCCUUCUCUUUCUUGUAAUCCCCAUCUCAUAGCUUCUCUCUUCUUUUGCUUAUACCUCACGUUAUUGUUGAAAGGAAAUUUAAAAAAAAAAUAAAAAACAGAAAAUCAAAUCCUCUGUUAUCGGGAAAUCUGCUGACUUUCCAUUGCUCAGUCGCAUCCUCUCUAUAUAAACCCUAAUAAGCUACACUUGUUCUUCGUCUAAGCCCCCCUGAAUUCCGGUUUCUUCCUUUCCUCUGCUCUGUUUUCGCAGAGUCUCUUCCUCUUCUUCGUUUUGGGUCGAAGAGUGAAACAGAGUUCGAGAGAGAGAGAGAGAAGAUGACAGAGGAGGAGGAGGUGGUGGCGGUGGCGGUGAGAGAGUACGAUCCGACCAGAGACUUAGCCGGUGUAGAGGACGUGGAGAGGAGGUGCGAGGUCGGCCCGAGCGGCAAACUCUCUCUCUUCACCGACCUUAUGGGCGACCCGAUUUGUCGGGUCCGACAUUCACCCGCUUUUCUCAUGCUGGUGGCUGAGAUGGGUACGGAGAAGAAGGAGAUCGUGGGCAUGAUCAGGGGAUGCAUCAAAACCGUUACAUGUGGCAAGAGACUCGACAGAACUUACAAAACUCAAAACGACGUCGUCAAGCCCGUCUACACCAAGCUCGCUUACGUCCUCGGCCUUCGCGUCUCCCCUUCUCACCGGCGGCAGGGGAUAGGGUUUAGGCUGGUGACGAGGAUGGAACAGUGGUUCCGACAAAACGGCGCCGAAUAUUCUUACAUCGCAACAGAAAACGACAACCACGCCUCCGUCGAGCUCUUCACCGGAAAAUGCGGUUACUCCAAGUUCCGUACACCGUCGAUCCUGGUAAACCCGGUUUUCGCCCACCGGGUCUCCGUUAACCGGCGGGUCACAAUCUUCAAACUAGACCCGAUCGACGCCGAGUUGCUAUACCGGCUCCGGUUCCGCACCACCGAGUUCUUCCCCAGGGACGUCGACUCGAUCCUCAACAACAAGCUCUCUCUCGGCACUUUCGUCGCCGUGCCACGUGUCGACUCAGGAACCGGGUCGUGGCCCGGGUCGGUUAAGUUCCUGGACGACCCGCCAGAGUCGUGGGCGGUCUUGAGCGUGUGGAACUGCAAGGACGCGUACCGGUUGGAAGUGCGUGGCGCGUCGCGCGUGAGACGGACGGUGGCCAAGACGACGAGGCUGAUCGAUAAAACGCUGCCGUUUUUGAAGCUGCCGUCGAUUCCGGAGGUGUUCAGGCCGUUUGGGCUUUAUUUCAUGUACGGAAUCGGAGGAGAGGGCCCACGGGCAGAGAGGAUGGUGAGGGCCCUUAGCGGGCACGCUCACAACAUGGCGAAGGCCGGAGGGUGCGGCGUCGUGGCGGGGGAGGUCGCCGGCGGGGAGCCAUUCCGGCGGGGGAUUCCUCACUGGAAGAUGCUAUCGUGCGCCGAGGAUCUUUGGUGCAUCAAACGGCUUGGAGAAGAUUACAGUGACGGCUCGGUUGGUGACUGGACCAAAUCUCCACCUGGCCUUUCUAUUUUUGUAGACCCCAGGGAAUUUUAAGUUUUUUUUUUUUAACUUCAACCCACAAACUUAGAGAAAAAUGAAAAAAAAAAUCGAAUCUUUAACCUUCUUUUGGAAUUAGAUGUUUUGUUUUCUGGGUAUUUUAAUUAAUCUUUUUUUAGUUCCUUUUUCCUUUUGUGAAGAUUUUGUUUGAUGGGUAUUUUAGAAUUAAUCCUUUUUGUUUGGUGGGUUUAUGAAGUCAGUGGGUUAUAAAAAAAAAAAAAGCAAUAUCCCCUGCUUUUGGGUUUAUGUUGUUUUGUCUUUGUAAAUGGAUUUAGCUUUAUAUACUUUGUCAUAUAUAUAAUAUACUUUGUCUCCGGCCAUAACGCCGUCUUUG